AAAAAAAAGGGCUCCACCGGAGGACCCCGGCGAGUCCCAGUACAAUUUGCUAAACAGGAGCAUGGAUCAGACCGCUGACAGCCGAGCCGCCUCCUCCACGCCUUACAGCUCGGAGCACAUCGCUAAUGUCCCCACGCUCUCGCCCUACUCCCAGCCCAGCUCGACCUUUGACACCAUGUCCCCGGCGCCCAUCAUCCCCUCCAACACCGACUACCCGGGACCCCAUCACUUCGAAGUCACCUUCCAGCAAUCCAGCACGGCAAAAUCGGCCACCUGGACGGUAAGUGGGCGAUCUCUUGAUUUUGCUCUCUCCAAAGUUGCUCGCUGGGGGCAUAUUGUAUUUUUGGGGUGGGUGGGCUUCCUUUUCAUUGGGGGAAGGCCACCCCAGGUGGGAUAGGGGUGAG